AAAAUCUGUUAAGUGAUGUUCGUGUAGUGAAUUAACAUUAUAACUUUUUUUCCAAAUAUUACCUAUUCAUAAAAUUAUGUGAUGUGCCAGUGAAAGUGCAGUAUCUUAACGGAGAUGAGAGAUGAAUUUGGUGGAAACAUAAAACUAGAUGAAUCUAAGGACUAAGGUAUGCGCGGAGAGAUAGCAAAGUUGUGUUUGGUGAUCGCUACCCUCACGCUCGGGACCGUAUCGAGCGAAGGCGCUUGCGAACGCGGGCGUACUUGGUGGCACCGACAGCGCGGCUCCUGCAUCCCUUGCACGAGAUGCGACCCGCACCGCCUUGUCGUCAAAUACCCGUGCGAACUACACCGAGACACGAUAUGCCAACCUCUGUACGAGGUCCGCAUCUGGCCCUUCAACACGGAGAAAGACAAUGACGUCAGUGAAACCUCUAGUGAUUAUGAAUAUUACGAGGAAACAGACUACAGCGGUGAAGUGAGUGAUGAUAUAGAGUGGGACAUUCAAGCAUCGACUCUAACUCUCGCCGUGAGUGGGUGUAUAGUGUUUUUUGUGGUAGUUGUAACUUUGUCGCUUUACCACGCGAAGCAAUGGCGAGUGCUAAAGCAAACGCUUAAAUCAGAUGCACAAGAUUUAUCAGCUAAGCUGAGAUUGAUGGAGACUGGUGGAGAUGCUCCUUCAGAACCGGUGCCUAGUGACCACCAUAUUUAUUGUAAUAUACACGUCGGCAAGGAUGCUUUGCUCGGCGCCGUCACAACGAAAAAGGGAUUAGGAAACGUGUACACUCAAGAGAAGCAUAAUUAAUAACCACCGAAAAACCAAUAAUACAAGUACAAAUAUAUCGAAAAACCUCGCACAUACAUCACUUAGAAGGAACAUUAUGAAAUACUUAUUUUUGUAAAACGAAAUAUAUAUAUAUAGAAGUCACAA